GUCUGCGAUGAUCAUUCAUGAGACGAUCGGACCCUGCCACGGUGCCACUCACUCACUCAUAACCUUCAAGUUCUUAGACUGACACAGAUGUCCACGCUCCCACUUGAAGAUAUAGAGGCAGGCCUUGCUGAUACCAGAAUCCGUGGAGUAGUUGCCACCUUGUGUGACAAGUGCAGCUUUUCGUUUGUCGCAACUGUCAUCCCUCUUCCUCCAAAACGAUGCCUCCAGUCAGAUUACGCUCCCACUGUACUAGAACUCUCCCAAAUACAUUCGGAUUAUCAAGAGGAAGAACUUCAGUUGAGGGAGUUCAACAAUGAAAUCACUCGCCUUCAUACAGUGUUAGGUCGGCUAACAGAAGCAAGAAAUCGGUUGGAGGAGCGUCUAUUUAGACGAAAAGCGGCCUUAUAUGCUGUUCGAAAGGUUCCCAUUGAGAUCUGGCAGAUGGUCUUCACUUGGGUUGGUGCAGAGAGAGUGUAUUCAUUUGACCUCACGGACCCAGAAGCAGCUCCCAUGAGAUCGAUCCCUCAUACUCUCUCCCGAGUUUGCAAGCAAUGGAAGAGAAUUGUUGAUUCAGUUCCUGUACUCUGGUCUUCGAUGCGGAUCAGGUUCUCCAAGCUGCAGACCGACAUUCGACCCUUGCUCACCGAGCAUCUUGAAAAAUCACGCACAAACCCACUCAGAAUUUCAUUUGAGGAAGAGAAUCCCAAUUUUCCACAUCGUGGUUUCCCCAUGCACCCAUACCAUCAACAUCUCAACCCCAUCCAGGAACAAUGUUUCUUACACCUAAUGACCAGAAUGGCGCCGCGUUGUGAAGAGCUUGAGUUCUGUUUCCCUUACGACCUACGCGAACCACCCCUAAACAUUAAACUUCCCCUUCUACGUUCAUUCCGUUCAGAUCUACUCCCUCACCAGCACGAGAAUACGAUGUGGUUAUGGAACAAUGCUCAACGUGCUUCUCACCUCGAGCACCUCUCAUUGUACUAUCUGCCCGAAGUUCCGGAAAUCGCUACAGAAAGGCUAUUAUCUCUCGAAUUUCAGGAUGUUCCUAACGGCUCCAGCUUCCUAACGCUACUACAGGAAUGCCACUGUCUAGAGUCCCUGGUCGUCAAAGACGUUCACUUUGAUCAAAAUGACUCGGUCGUCCAAAACAUUGACGCUAUUCAUCUACCCCACCUCCAACGGAUGUCGUUGGGAACAGAGGAGGAGCCCCAAACCUUGGCUUUUUUUUUCGACGCUCUGGAUGCCCCUUGUCUCACCGCGGUCCAGCUCGAAUUCAAUAUAAUCCCCGAAGAGAUGGACGAUUUUGACGAUGAGGAAACCGGAGAAGUAUCGUUUCCUCAAGAGGCGGUCAUCGGGAUGUUGAAGCGUCACUCUCCCUCUCUUCGACAACUCGGUUUGACUUUUCAUCGAGACGACGAGGAGUCGGUCCUGGUGGACUUUUCAUGGUCGGGAAUAUUACAGGCGGUGCCUGAAUUGAGGCGUGUGAGCUGUUUUGCGGAUUUUUUCCACCUUGAUUCGAAUCUCGCUGAAGUUCGAACGCUCUUGUCCUCCCUCCAAUGUCCGACUUCACCUUCCUCUUCGGAGGGUGUGUUGGUUCCAAGGUUGGAGGAAGUUUUUUUAAGACUGGGGGAGGGUUGUAAACCGGACCAGGGACAGUCUGAGGCGCUUUGGAAAGCCAUGAUUGAGAUGGCGGAGUCUAGAAGCAAUGAUCGCCUAUCUGCUGAGGCGAACAUCACACCCUUGAGGGCGCUAUGUGUUACGUGGUUAGGUGAAGAAGAAGGCAGUGUUUGUGGCUUGAGUGAUGGUAAGAAUAAUUGGUUUCCCUUGGAUGAAGCAUUAUCUGGAAGACUGAACGCCUUGGAAUUGAGUGGUACAACCUGUUUUUUUGUUGAUUUGCAAAAGUAUUUGGCGGAGUUGCGUUGCGAAAUCGGAUAUUUAGGUAUGCUUUAG